ACUGUGUGUGAUACAGGCACAAAGGAGAAGUGGAGGCUGUGGCAGUGUGAGGAGCGCUGUGUUGAAAGACCCCCUCCAGGCUGUGUAGGGAGGGAGCGAGGGGACAGGAAACCCGUCCUGGAGACACACACAUUCUCAGGCCGGAGGCUGGAAGACGCUGGGGUCGAGUCGAGGCUCAGCUCGGGGAGAGGAGCAUGGUGCUGAGUGGCGAGCACAUGACAGCCCGGCUGCCUCUGGACUGACAAAGAGAGGGAAUCCUGUCAUGAGGAUCCCCGCCGCCCCACCCCUCGCACUGCGCCGAGUGUGGACAUGGCAUCUUCUGCUGUGAGGACUGACUGAGGACGAGGAGGGUGAGAAGGAGGCGCGUUGUUGGGACUGAUUCACCCGAGUGAGUAGAGCUAAGUUUGGAACUUGUGGGGUUGAGAGAGAGGGCAGGGGGAAGGGAGGACACUCCAGCCUGGGUCUCUGUCCCCUGGGAGGGGGUCUUUUCAGCACGAGGUAACCCCCAGAAUAACCACAUCAAGAGAGGGGAGGGGCUCACGCUGACCAUGUGCAGCAGUCCUCUCCGUCCUGGACAGCUGUGCUGGAAAGUAACAUUACUGAUAACAGGCUGAGCGUCUCUCACUGCGUCCUCCUCUCCGCCGUCCAUUCAUGGUCAACUCGCCAUUCGGGACGGGCUCCUCAUUAUAUAGCCAUUACAUAACGGACGCCCCCCCAUCCCGGGGCUCUUUGGCUCUCAUCAUGUUCAACACCACCUUGCUGGCGGACAAUCUCUCCCAGCCGUGGCCCGGAAACGUCAGCGACCACAUCAGCUGCAACAAGAGCGAUGGCUUCAAGUACCCGCUGUACAGCACCGUCUUCAGCAUCGUCUUCAUCAUCGGGCUCGUCACCAACGUGGUGGCCAUCUACAUCUUCACCUGCUCCCUGAAGCUGAGGAACGAGACCACCACCUACAUGAUGAACCUGGUGGCGUCCGACCUGCUGUUCGUCUUCACGCUGCCGCUCAGGGUCUUCUACUACAUGAACCAGAACUGGCCCUUCGGUGGGACGCUGUGCCAGGUCUCCGUCUCCCUCUUCUACACCAACAUGUACGGCAGCAUGCUCUUCCUCACCUGCAUCAGCGUGGACCGCUUCCUGGCCAUCGUGCACCCGUUCCGCUCCAGGAUGCUCCGGACCAAGCGCAACGCUAAGAUCGUGUGCACCGCCGUGUGGGUGCUGGUGCUGUCGGCCAGUCUGCCCACCGGCUUCCUGCUGCAGACCACCACCAGCGACAAGAAGGCCAACGCCACCUUCUGCUUCGAGAACUUUUCGUCCAAGCAGUGGAAAUCCCACCUGUCCAAAGUGGUGAUCUUCAUCGAGACGGUGGGCUUCCUCAUCCCGCUGCUGCUCAACCUGUGCUGCUCCAUCAUGGUGCUGCAGACCCUCCGCCGCCCGCAGACCAUCAGCCGCGGAGGGAAGCUCAACAAGACCAAGAUCCUGCGCAUGAUCGUCGUGCACCUCUUCAUCUUCUGCUUCUGCUUCAUCCCCUACAACGUGAACCUGGUGUUCUACGCCCUGGUCCGCACCAAGACCCUCAAAGGCUGCUUCGCGGAGUCGGUGGUGCGGACCAUCUACCCCAUAGCGCUCUGCAUCGCCGUCUCCAACUGCUGCUUCGACCCCAUCGUGUACUACUUCACCUCCGAGACCAUCCAGAACUCCAUCAAGAGGAAGUCCCAGACCAGCCACCAAUACGACGUCAAGUUCUCGGAGGCGCUGCAGUCGGAGACCAGCUCCAACCUGCAGUGCAGCCUGAGGAGCCUCAAGGCGAAAGUCUUCCACAGGGAGUCUUCAGUAUGACCGGGGGGCCGCGGCACCUCCGUCCGCACAGACACCGACCGCCGCUGGACGCCCGCAGUGGAUUUUUAAGGAGCGGCGUCGUUUCUUCUGAUCUCAGCCUUCAUCUCAGGGCAAAUGUUGAGGCCUUUGGUCGAGAGCGUCGCUUUUCAGUAUUACCACGUGACCCUUUGUUCCCAGCUGUGGAUUUGUUGUGACUACUUAAUAAUUUCCCCUUUCCCGUGGAAUAUUCUGUAAUUGUGUUAAGCACAAUUACUCUGCCAGUGACCUGGAAGGGAAUGUGAUCACUGAACAGCAGGACAGUAAUGAUAUGACUCCUUCAUGUGCCUGUAUAUCUGUACAUUUCCAUGGUAAGUCCUGGUGCUAACUUUAGGAUAUUAUCUAUUAAAUUAACAUGAAAAAAAGUAUCAAGCUAUAGAUGCACAGUUUUUCUUGUUGUUGUUUUAUUGCGAAUUAAGAAUAAGUGGCAGAAGUGCUCUUUAUUUGUUUCGCCGGCAUUUCAUUGUAGACUUAAAGUCUUUCUUGGCCAUUAAAAUGCACUGACAGUUCUCACACUGCACUCAUGCUAAUGAAUAAAAGUCAUGUAUUGUCUAAAAGGAAACAAAAAAAAAAAAAAAACGAAUGGAAGAUUUUGUCCUUGAGCUUAAUAACGCAGAGACACAGAUUCAUGGGGAGGGUCAGGUGUCAAACAUAAGGCUCGUGGACCAAAACGGACUCAUUCUGGCCCACCAAACUCAAGGUAAACUGUAAUAAUAAUAUUUUUUUUUGUCUUAAAAAAGGUUAGUCACAAAACUUUAGGUUUUCAUUUAAAGUGUAAGCAAAAUGAGAAAAAAAAAUGGCAAAAAAAAAAAAAAAAAA